CCUUUCUAAUAACACGCAUAUUUUAUAUUAUUUAAUUGUUUAGAAUGAUCACUUUUACAUUAUAAAACAGGGCUGUCUCUAUAUACAUAACACUUGAAAGAGAUCAUGGAUGAUAUGUUAGACUAUCAAUCCAUUGUCAUCAUAAUACUCCUUUCAUCAGUAACUCUUCUUCUAAUUCUAGCUUUCAACUUCAAAUUGAGGUCAAGAGGAAGGAAACUCCCUCCGGGUCCUUGGAGGAUCCCGGUGAUCGGAAACCUUCACCAGCUGGGCAAGUUACCUCACCGAACCCUCCGUCACCUUGCAGAGAAAUACGGCCCACUCAUGCACCUCCAGCUAGGCCAAAUCCCUGCCAUCAUUGUAUCAUCUCCUGAGGUUGCUUCCGAAAUCAUGAAAACUCAUGAUCUUGAGUUUUGUAGCAGACCUUCCAAUGUUGUCUUGAUGAAAUUCUCUUACAAUGGAUUAGACAUCUCCCUUUCAAAGUACGGUGAGCACUGGAGGCAGAUGAGGAGGCUUGCAACUUUAGAGAUAUUCAGCAUGAAGAGAGUGCAAUCCUUUAGGACUGUGAGAGAAGAAGAAGUCCAUGUCUUGAUCCAAAGUAUAAGACAAUAUUCUUGCUCUCAAGGGCCAGUGAAUCUAAGUGAGAUGUUUCUUUGUAUGACGAAUAACAUAAUAUGCAGACAAGUGUUCGGAAAAAGGUUUUCUGAGGACGGACAGUGCAAUAGAAGCAAACUCCAUGAUCUUGUUAUGGAGACGGUUGAGUUGAUGGGAGGUUUCUCUGUUGGAGAUUUCUUUCCUUGUUUGGGUUGCCUUAGUGUGAUUACUGGUUUCCAAGGAAAGAUUGAGAGGAACUUUAAGAGGAUGGAUGAAUUUUUUGAGGGAGAGAUUGAAGAGCAUUGUUUGAGUUUGAUGAAUGAUCAAGGAGUACAUGAUGAUCAAGAACAAGAAGACUUCCUUGAUGUGCUUCUUAAGUCACAGAAGGAUUCUGCUAAUCUUAGUUUUUCUCUGACCAGGGAUCAUAUCAAAGCAAUUCUCAUGGACAUGUUUCUUGCUGGAACGGACACAUCUGCCGCAACUCUAGAAUGGGCAAUGACAGAACUUAUGAGAUGCCCAUCAGUGAUGAAAAAAGCACAAGAUGAAGUUCAAGGUGUUGUAAAAAAUAAAGGAAAAGUAGAAGAAUGUGAUCUUCAACAACUCCAAUAUCUUAAGUGCAUCAUAAACGAGACUUUGCGUUUGCAUUGUAUUGUUCCGUUACUACUCCCUCGAGAAAGCAUGAAAGGGUGCAAAGUGUUUGGAUAUGAUAUCGCCAAAAACGUAAGAGUUUUAAUAAAUGCUUGGGCAAUUGCUAGGGAUCCGAAAUUUUGGGAAAACCCUGAAACUUUCAUGCCAGAGAGAUUUGAAGGAAAUGUUAUCAAUUAUAGAGGCCAACACUUUGAAUUCAUCCCUUUCGGUGCUGGUCGAAGGAUUUGUCCAGGAAUGCAAAUGGGAGUGUUUGCUGUAGAGAUUGCAUUGGCUAAUAUUUUAUAUCAUUUCAACUGGGAAUUGCCUUUUGGAAUAUGUUGUAAAGAUAUUGACAUGACAGAAACAUUUGGAAUUGUUCUUCACAAAAAAUUACCAUUGUGCCUCCAAGCAAGGCCAACAAAUAUUCUAGUUUAAAGUCAUGUAUGUCUCUAUGGUGUAACAUCGAGUCUUAUGAAUAAAAAUUAACAUUUAAUUUAUA